AGCGUCGCAUAUAUAUCUAGAAGCAAGCUUGCAGCAUUUUUAUACACAGCAUUUUUGUAAACGGAGGAGCUACAAAAAUGGCAACGUCAAAGAAAAGCAUACCGUGGUCGACCGAGGAGGUGACGACGUUCCUACAUCUCAUUGGGGAUGAUAAAAUCCAGCGGGAGCUCGACGGAACAACUCGAAAUUUGAAAGUGUUCCAGGAUGUCUCUGCACAGAUGUCCGAACGCGGAUUUUCGAGGACUUUCCUGCAGUGUAGGGAAAAACUGAAAAAGAUGAAGAGUGAAUAUCGCCAAGUAAAGGACAACAACAACACGAGUGGUGCGGGUAGGAAACACUGGAAGUGGUUCGACUUGUUGGACCAGAUUUACGGCCAUAGACCGGCCAACGUUGGGAGGGAGGGAGGCCUGGACUCUGCAACGGCUUUACUGGAGUCCCUGCAAGAUGAUUACAUUGGGACUAGUGAGGAGGAACAUUCCCCAACUCGACCACAGACACCAGCCGAAGAACCGACACCAACUCAACCACCAACGCGGAGUGCCAUCACGUCACCGCAGCGUGUGGUUCUAGGCAAGAGGAAACGAGGAGGAGAGGAUCGGACCCAGCAGGAACGUUACCAUGAACAGCACAUGGCCCAGCAGGAACGGCACUUGGACUGGGCCAAAGCGUCUGCUGAGCGGAGAUGGAAGUUGGAUGCGGCCUUGAGAAGGGAGGAGGCCGUCUUGAGAAGGGAGGAGGCUGCUCAAGCAGAGACCUUCAACCUAGCCUUCCUGCGCACUCUUGGCGAGGUGCUAGGGGGACUGGGCAGCCGACGUGGCAGCCUUCCCUCUUCUCUCUGUGAGGAGCAGCAGGUUCAGCUUUCAGAACAAAGUCACAUCACGUCUGACCCAGUUCAGACCUCCUCUGACCCGGUUCCAACCUCCUCUGUUGGUCUGUGUAAACUGGUCCGCUGGGCUCACAGCCACGGCACCUUCUGCAGCCUCCUCCCCAGCCUGCAGCAGCUCACCUCCCACGGUACAGCGCUGACAACAGAACCCGGUUCCUACGGCAGCAGCGUCCCUGUCGCCGUGUGGAGUUGUGCCGAUGGACACGCAUACAUCAGUGAGCAUAGCAAUGCUAACGGAGGCUCAGGCCAUACUAGCAAUGGUCAGGAGAGGUUUGUUGGAGGGCGUCCAUCCAAUAAGGUGACAGUAAAGGAGUCAUGUGACCUGUCCUAUAGUGAAGCAGCAUCACAGGGGCAACAGUUCAGCAGCGGAUGUGAUUCGUCGGCAACGGCUGAAGAUGAUGACUAUGAGCCACACCCAUCCAGAAAAAGAGGUGGGGCAACGGGAGUUGCACUUCCUGUGAAGAAGGUCAAACAGGAAGCAGACUCUGCAGAGGAUUGUGACUCUGGCAUAAUAACCAAGUGGCUCUUACUUUGAUGUUCCAGUAAAUAGUCUAAUAGUACUAUGCAAAGUAAUACAUUGUAUUGAUUGUGUUGUUUUGUGUGUUGCCGAAAGCUGUUUUACAUUAAAGCACCAAAAAUACUGAGUAUUAUGAAGUAAA